GCAAGCUUUUGGAAAUGGGGACAGCCAUGAACAUAUGAACACGAAGAAAACAGUGAUGGAUGGAACCCAUCGCCCUUGAGAUCCGACCCGAUUAAUCAAUCAAACAAACAAAUCAACCUAAUCUCCAAUCACCAUGAUUCCAUUUGCAUAUCACACCUAACCUAACCACACACCUGAUCCAUUCAAAUCAUAUUCUUAGAUCAAUCUUCAACAAGUUAUUCACAAAUCACAAAUAACCGUCAGAUUCAAUGUCUCCGAUUCACCGGAGAUGACGUCACCGGCGUUCGUAGAUUCAUUAAUCGGUCAGUUUUCUCGUUUGAAGAUUUUACAGCAACAUGACGUCAUCGAAUUCCAAUUCAAGCAAUCGAUUAUUGGAUUUUAACGAGACGAAUCCUGUGUUAGGGUUUAAUACGACGCCGUUUAGUGCUAGUGGUAGUUCUAGUUCUGGUUCUAAUGUGUCACGUGCACGGUUUAUGAAGGCUAGAAAACAAACUGUUAGUCAUAAUCAUAAGUCUGGUAAUCAGGUUUUUAGAAGCUCUACGCAGUCGGUUUUCGGGGAUAUAGGUUAUGGAAAUGCAGCUAAGGAUAUGUUCUUGUUUGGUGGAAAUGAGGGUGGUAAUUAUAGUUCAUAUUGUGGUUUGGAUAAAGGAGAUUCUAGUGUCGUCGUUGAUGAUAUGUCGAGGUUGAAUAUCGAUAGCGAUAAAGGCGAUUCUACGUUCGGUUUGCAGGCGUUUGGUUUAAAGGGGAGUGAUGUUGAAGGUGUGAGCGAUGUAAAAAGUACGAAUCAGUUUACGAGUUCUGUUGAUGGUAAUGUGGUGUUGGAGAUGCAAAGUGAGAUGAAGAAGAUGGAUGUUAAAGAUCCCGCUGAUGUUUCUUCUGAAGGUAGUUUUCGUGGAUAUGAAAAAACGGGUGAGUUUGCUUUUACGAGCAGAUUGGAUGAUGUACGUGUUACAAAUGUGGAGUUCAAGACGCCUGAUAUGAGAAAGAACAUGUUUUCGGGGUUGAAUAGGUUUGAAGCUAGAAAAGAGCAUGGUAAAGAAACGAGGUCGAAGAAGAAGAAAGGGAAGCUGAAAAGACCUGUUGUUGAUCGAUCUAGGAUUAUAGAAGAUUUUGUGUUUGGUGGAAGAAAUUUGUCUGGAAGUUCGGACGGUUUUGAUAUUCCUACAUAUGAUGAAAUAUUAGCUGGUAGUUAUUCUAGAGAAACUUCUGUGACGUCGGAGGCUUCGCAAGUUGAUGAACAAGAUAACGUGUCAAAUGAGUCACGUGUGAUUACUUCAAAUGUCACAACUGAUGAUGAAGCGUUUGAGCCUCAGGUUAAUGAAGUUUCUGAGACAGAAAGCUUCGUGUCUGCAACUGAAAAUUUGGAAUACAGUUGUGAUACUAUGGUUACAUCGCUAGAUUCGGAUGUGAGUUCGACUGCAACUUCUGGGAGGCAAGAAAGUGGUGGCACACGCGUGUUUAGUUUUGGUUCAAGAUCAGAGGAUGUUAGCAAUGGUAACUUCACAUUUGCUGCAUCUUCAUCGGGUCAAAGUCAACUUCCAUCAGAUACCCGUCAGCAUAUGAAGAAACCUCCAUUAAAAAUCACCCGCGAUUCUUACAUUUCCACAAAACCAGAGUUUUUCCCGGUUGAUCUAUCUGCAUCAUCAAGCAUAAAAAAGGAUAACUUGAAAUUAAUAAAUGAACAAGAUUUUAGGCAUGAAAGUCUCACUAGUAGUAGUUUGUCUUCCAGCAAAGCAGCAGAAGAAGCGUGUGAGAAAUGGCGAUUAAGGGGAAACCAAGCUUAUAGUAAUGGUGAUCUGGCUAAAGCAGAAGAUUGUUACACACAAGGGUUAAACUCCGUUUCCGAAAACGAGAAAUCUACAAGCUGCCUUAGGGCUUUGAUGUUGUGCUAUAGUAAUCGUGCAGCAGCGAGAAUGUCUACCGGAAGAAUGAAAGAAGCGUUAGAAGAUUGUCUCAUGGCUGCUGCCAUAGAUCCCAACUUUCUUAAGGUUCAAGUUCGUGCUGCACAUUGUUACCUUGCAAUGGGAGAAAUCGAAAAUGCAAAACAGCAGUAUAUGAAGUGCUUGCAGUUUCGAAACGAUAACAGUGCGGAUGGGAAAGUGAUUGCAGAGGCCUCUGAAGGCCUAGAAAAAGUCCAGAAAGUGUUGGACUGUAUCGAUCAAUGUACUGAUCUGCUACGAAGACGGGCUUCUGAAGACUUAGAAAGUGCUUUGAGACUUAUCAAUGACGCGUUGCACAUAAGCACUUGCUCAGAUAAACUGCUUCAGAUGAAAGCAGACUCACUUUUCAUGUUGAGGAGGUAUGAAGAGGUGAUUCAGAUUCUUACAUCUGAUAAAGCAGAUACACCCGCAAACUCUUCUUCUAGGACAUGGAGAUCACAUCUUAUCAUUAAAUCCUACUUUUAUCUAGGAAGGCUAGAUGAGGCUCUAGUGUUUAUCAAUAAACAAGAAUCAGCAAUACCUUUAGCUGAUACAAUACGUGAACUUUUAUCUCAUAAGAUGGCAGGAAAUGAAGCGUAUAAAUCAGGAAAGCAUUCAGAAGCGGUAGAACAUUAUACCGCUGCUUUAUCUUGCAGCGUUGAAUCUCGUCCGUUUGUGUCAGUAUGCUUUUUCAACCGUGCUGCAGCGUACAGAGCUUUGGGUCAAAUCACAGAUGGCAUUGCAGAUUGCAGCCUAGCUAUAGCCCUUGAUCCAAACUAUCUCAAGGCAAUAUCUAGGCGUGCCAGCUUGUAUGAGAUGAUUAGAGAUUACGGGCAAGCAGCGAAAGAUCUACAGAGAUUGGUGUCUCUUCUAACAACACAGGUCGAGAAGGGUGCGGUUUCUGGAGCAUCGGAUAAUUUAAGCUGUAUGAACGAACUAAAGCAAACUCAGAUACAGCUUUCUAAUGUUGAAAUGGAAUCCAGAAAGGGAAUCCCUUUAAAUGCCUACCUCAUAUUGGGAGUUGAAUCAACUGCUUCUGCAGCAGAUAUUAAAAAAGCAUAUAGGAAAGCUGCACUCAAACAUCAUCCCGAUAAGGCAGCCCAGCUACUUGGUAGAGGUGAUGAUGGAGAUGACGGACUAUGGAAGAAAAUAGCUGAAAAUGUCCACAAAGACGCCGAUAGACUUUUCAAAAUGAUUGGAGAAGCGUAUGCUGUACUUUCCAACCCUUCCAAGAGGUCAAAAUAUGAUCAAGAUGAAGCGAAGAGAAAUGAAGUCAACAGAUUUACUAGAAGCAACUCAUCAAGAACGGCUGCAGAUGUCCAAAACUCUGUAUUUGAGCAAAGUGGGAACGUGCGCCAAUGGCAGGAUUCUGCGAGAACCUAUACCAGAACCCAGUCUACAGGCUCGGAAAACAUUGGUUCAUCGUAUACGUAUUCCAAGUACUACUAAUGGGUUUCAGUAAAGAAGUACUACAAAUAUAGACAGAGGGUACAAAACAAGCAUGCAUAAGAAUUAUACGAUUUUGGGGAUAUAUAAAAGAAGCUAAGUUCGAGGAAAAAUUCCGAACUCAUACCUGUAUUUAAGUUUGAGAUCUUCUGGCGGAUUAUUUUUUGUUUUGGUGUGAACAAGCUGUGUGUAUAGUGGUCAGCAAAAGGAAGGUUGACCGAUUUGUACCUUUCAUAAGGUGGGCCCGAUUGUAUGACUGUACACCAUGGGUCUUACCUUGAGCUUUCAUUUGAUGAUAGUCGGAUACUGUCAUACUGUAUUGUGAGUUUCUACAGAAUCCCAACAAAGGAACAGAAGAGAGAUUUCCUUUUUUAUUUCUUUUUGUAAUUUAUCAUUAUGUUUCGACGACAUGUGUUCAGUGAUUUUGCUAAGACUAAUUUUAUUGUAAUGACGAAAUAGAGCAUCAUACUGUUGUGUUUA